GUAAGCUACAACGUGGAUCUGUGAUUGAAAUUUCUCGGCCUCUUUGGAUCUCUCGGCUUUCUCCAUUGGUUUUGUUGCUCAAACCAAUUUCCAUUCCCUCGCAGCGAGAGGUGUAGUGUUAAAGGAAAGGUAAGAGAUGGAUUUGGACCAGUGGAUCGCGAAGGUGAAGGAAGGGCAGCAUCUUCUGGAAGACGAGCUUCAGCUUCUUUGCGAAUAUGUAAAAGAGAUCCUCAUUGAGGAGUCCAAUGUGCAGCCAGUGAAUAGCCCGGUAACUGUUUGUGGUGAUAUUCAUGGCCAAUUUCAUGAUCUGAUGAAACUUUUCCAGACAGGGGGUCAUGUACCUGAGACAAAUUAUAUCUUUAUGGGAGACUUUGUUGAUAGAGGGUACAAUAGUCUAGAAGUUUUCACCAUCCUAUUACUUCUUAAAGCUAGAUACCCAGCUAAUAUUACCCUUUUACGAGGAAACCAUGAAAGUAGGCAACUAACCCAGGUCUAUGGAUUUUAUGAUGAAUGCCAGAGGAAGUAUGGAAAUGCUAAUGCAUGGCGGUAUUGUACAGAUGUUUUUGACUACCUAACACUUUCAGCAAUAAUAGAUGGAACUGUGCUCUGUGUUCAUGGCGGUCUUUCUCCUGACAUUCGAACAAUUGAUCAGAUAAGGGUUAUUGAUCGAAAUUGUGAAAUUCCACAUGAGGGACCCUUUUGUGAUCUGAUGUGGAGUGAUCCUGAAGAUAUUGAGACAUGGGCUGUGAGUCCCCGUGGGGCAGGCUGGCUUUUUGGAUCCAGGGUCACUUCUGAGUUCAAUCACAUAAAUAAUCUUGAUCUUGUUUGUCGUGCCCAUCAACUUGUGCAAGAAGGCCUCAAGUAUAUGUUCCAAGAUAAAGGCCUUGUAACUGUAUGGUCUGCACCUAAUUAUUGUUACCGAUGUGGAAACGUUGCUUCUAUUUUGAGCUUCAAUGAAAAUAUGGAGAGAGAGGUUAAAUUUUUCACUGAAACGGAGGAGAACAACCAGAUGAGGGGGCCCAGGACAGGCGUUCCAUAUUUCUUGUAACUGAAUUUUGGUUUAUCGUAAAAUUUGUAAUAGUAAAAUGGCUUUAUUAUUGUAUUUGGACAUUGAUUGUUAUGUAAUGUGGGUUUUUGGAUUGCAACACUUAAAAGGUGGAUCUAAUUAUUUGCCACUUGAUUCCCA